CGGCCAGAGAGGCUGGAAGGCGGCCUGGGGAGGGGUUGUUUCUCGCCUGCCCCUAGCGGUGGGAGGAUUAGGUGCCAAGGUCCACUUUCCGUGAUCUUCCCAAGUUUCUCAAGCCACUGGCACUGGGGUCGGUGCCCGCAAGGAGGGACCCAGAGAGGGUGGAGAAGCCGGGGAAGCGAAUGCGACCAGCUGGGAAAAUGCCCUCCCCCAUUUGGUUCUAGAAUCCUUAAUUUCCUGGCAACGGGGCUGCGGAACGUCCUCAGACGCCAAGGGGAAUGUCAUCCACUCUUGCCAGGAAUGAGGAGAAAAAGGGCAGCCGGCCAUCCCAACCCACAACCCCUGCAACCUCACUGGGCUGCAAUCUGAAGGUUUCUCGCUCUGAGGAAUUCCUGACACAGAUCAGCACGGAACUCACUGACGAGGCCUUGUUUGUUGCUGCCUACCACAUGAAUCCUGUGCCCAUCAAGGAAAAACAGACACAAGACCGAGGGACUCAGAUAUCCAAACAUGUGUUCUUCACCAAGACCCGAGGCACUGAUACCCGCUCCGACAGAAACCGUACCUGCACAAAGGCACAUCUCCUGCCAUCCCCUCGCGAGAAGGGAGCUCUCCCUAGCAACUUGACGUCUGGAGAAUGAUCCCAACUUUGGUGCUGCUCUUGGCCUCUCUUGCCCUCCCCUCACUCUGUCUCUCUGCAACAUGUCAAAGCUCCUCUUUCACCGCUCAUUCAACAGUUCAGUUCUGGGGGCAUUCCUGGUCAUUAGCAACAUUACCCCUGAAGCCUCCAAAGUGUUCCGGAACCAUCACACACCUUGCCACCCUCAACUGGCAAGGACAUCCCCAGCAAUGAAAAGCUUUAAUAAAGAGACAGAGAUCCUCCCCUCCUCUCAACCUGGGCAGUGCUCUCGUGUGACUUCUCUGGGGUGAUGUGAAAGGAGCACCCCUGCCCCCUUUUGCCAGAUGUGUGGGCAUAUUAUUGGAAUGGCAUAUUCCAUAUUAUGGGAAUGGUUUUAAUUCAGGCAGUUAUCCACCUAUUAUCCAUCAGCCUGUUGGCAGAGAUGAGUUCAAAGGUUCAGAUCCAUCCUUCCAGCCAGA